AUGGCGCUCCGGGAGGACACCGAAAUUCGCGCCAGGAGCUUCCUGUACUCCAACGAAAAACCAUCCCAUCUGUCCACCUUCAGUAGUAGCUUCGACGAAUUUGGGCCACCGUAUGCGGAUUUACCGAUGGAGAUUUUGGUCAAGAUAUUCACCUACCUUACACCGUCCGAUAGACGCGAAGCCAGCCAAACGUGUCGCCGUUGGUGUGAGGCAUCGUGCCAUUCUGCAUUCCUCGAAAACUUCUGGCUCGUACUGCACCGUCAACCGUUCGAUGUAAAUGUACCGCCCGUUCGCGACCUUCUCCACAGCUUCCGCCAUUUCCCAAACAUCCAACUCAUCGAGGUGGAUUUUGAGCGGAUCGGCAACUUUUUCACCCAGUUCGGACCACACAUCCAGCGUAUCGUGUUCGAUGCGUGUGAAAUACAGGAACGCGACUUGAUCGCCAUACUGCGCUGUUUGCCAGCCCUGCGUUCACUAACGAUCGGAUCGUGCCGCGAUCUGUUCAUGUGUGUGCGACUGUUUGAUGAUGCCGCCGAGCGGGAAAAACUGCGCCAAACGCUGGCGAGUGUGAGCGAACUAUCACUGACCCACAUACAGUACCUUUCGGAUGGAAUUCUGCACCGGAUAGUGGAUAUAAUGCCGUCGCUGAGCGUGCUCAACCUGGCCGGUUGUCACAUAUCCUUCCACCAGGGACUCUACCGGAAGUUCUAUCCGGGUGAUGGCAAACAACCGUCGGAAAGUGUGCUCACCUUUCGCUACAUCUCGCGCCUGAUCGAGGAACGGAAGGAGUCACUCCGGGCGCUUGAUUUUAGCGAAACGCUCGUGGAUGAUAAUGCGCUAGAGGUGUUGGCGUCCAUGAGUCCGGCACUGCGCCUGGAACGGCUCGAGCUGAAUCGUUGCGAGCAGCUAUCGAAUCGCGGACUCGGCACGCUCAUUACCGCCCAUGCGAACCAUUUGCAGUACUUGAACCUCUCGAAAACGUACCGGCUGACCGAUGCCUGUCUGUUGCAGAUUUGCCGCGAACUGUCCGGAUUGCGGGUGUUGAAGAUGCGUGAAUGUCGUGCGCUUAGCAAUCAGGGUGUGCGUGAAUUGGUGCAAUUGACCGCUCUGCAGGUACUGGACAUAUCGUACUGCAAGGAAGUUAACGGAGCGGGUAUACUGGAGGGUAUUGGAUCACGCCCGAAUCAUACGCUGAAGGAGUUGCGCAUCCGUGCGCUAAAUCUGUGCGAACAGUCCAUUAUUGCGGUGGCGGAGAAUUUGUCAGCAUUGCACGUACUCGAUCUAGGUUACGGUUUCCAUGCCGUGUCGGACCUUUGUGUGCAGUUUGUCAUCCGCAAUUUAGUUCAUUUGAGGGAACUUGAUUUGGAAAACUGCGGAAAGCUGUCCGAUGAAGGUUUGACGGGGUUGGGAAUGCUUCCCAAGAUAGAACGCCACCUACAAGGCAAUCAAUUAAGUGGUGUUGAGGUUGAAAAUGCGGAGCCAAAUCAGCCCGCUGAAGAAGAAGGUCCUCCGGAACCGGAACCGGUGGUACCGCAAGUAGCACCACCCCACAUGCGAAUAUCGUUGCGCAGCCGUGCAGAACAGGAAAUCGUGGAGGAUGCCGAACGGAAGAAGCAACUGCUGGAGGCGAUGCAGCGUAAGGAUAAUCUUCAAUCGGCACAGAAUGAGUCGCGAUCGUCUUUUAGCGGGUAUUACGUUGGACGGCUGCAGCAGCUGUGCGUGCUCAACCUAAACGGAUGCAAUGGACUCACGGACGUGACGCUGAUGUGCAACUUUCGUAUGGUGGAUCUGCGCAAGUUGUGCCUUGCCCGGUGUCAGCAGAUUUCGUUCGAAGGCAUACGGGCCAUGGUGCAGGGCUGUCCGUCGAUCGAGCAACUCGAUCUUAGCGAGUGUCACAACAUUAAUGAUCGAGCGGUCGAGCAGGUGGUCACCCAUCUGCGGCGUUUGCGAAUGCUAAGCCUUCGGCGCUGCCAUCAACUAACCGAUUUUAGUCUCGAUCACAUCGCAUGCCACGGGCUGCAGCUGCGUGAACUAGAUGUGCGCGGUUGCAAGCAUAUGUGUGCGGAUCCGGCCAUGCGAUUGGUAAACUUGCCACUACUGGCCACGAUCCUUGCCGGUAAACAGGACGAAACCGGCAAUGGUGUUGGUGGUGCGUUUGGUAAUGCGUUUACAAUUAUGCCAACGCCACCUCCACUACCACCACCGCCGCGUCUUUCGUUGCGUUUUUAA